AUAGGAUAGGUUCCUCGUAAAGGCGUCGCCAUCAUGGCGUCGGACGAACAAUUCUCAUUAUGUUGGAACAAUUUCCACGCGAAUAUGUCAGCAGGUUUUCAUGGCCUGCUGUCGCGUGGAGACUUAGUAGAUGUAACGUUGGCUGCCGAGGGCAGAUUAUUACAGGCACACAAAUUAGUUUUAUCAGUAUGUUCUCCUUAUUUUCAAGAAAUGUUCAAAAUGAACCCAACUCAACAUCCCAUAGUAUUUUUAAAAGAUGUUAGUCAUUCUGCGUUAAGAGACUUAUUACAGUUUAUGUAUCAAGGUGAAGUUAAUGUUAAGCAAGAAGAAUUAGCGUCGUUUAUUAGUACAGCGGAACAACUUCAAGUAAAAGGUUUAACCGGAAAUCAAAAUGAAGACAGUUCCACGCCAUCCAAACCAAAGCCGACUUCGAGGCCAGGCCCGCGGUCGUCACAACAAAGGCAAUCUGUUAUGAAGUUAGAGACUGAUUUAGAUUCUAAGCCCUCCUCAACUCCAGUAGCAAUUAAGCGACCAAAUAGACCAUCAAUAGCAUCAAAUAACUCAUCAUCUUCACAAAGUGGGCCCGCGAAACGGAAAUGUGUAGAUCCUUUAGAAGCCGGACCAUCUGGAUCGGCGAAAGAGGAAUUUGUAACGAUACCAGACGAGGACGAAAACAAUGCCGUGGCACCGAAAAUGGAACCUGAAUUUGUUAAUGAAAGUAUGUGGGAUGAUGACGAAGAUGGCGCUAACAAUGAUGAAACUAAUUUUGGCGAAGAUGACUCUAAUAUGGAAAUGACUGGUUUUGACGGUUCGGCGACUGGCGAUGGUAAUAUGAGUGGGGGAGGCGAAGGUGGAGCUGUAGGCGACGCACAAGAAAAUACCAUAGAGUUGAUACCCAGCAAGCGUGGAAAUGGCCAUGUUCUCGUUUACCGAGGCUUCACUUACGCCAAGAUGAGGAACAACAAGAGAUGGUAUUGUUCCAAGAAGGCUUCUGGCUGUAAGGCCCGCCUCAUAACUUUUGACGACUGCACAUCUGCUGAGCAGCUGGGGGAACACAAGCACGCCCCGCCAACGCUGUACAGACUAGCUGAUGGGUCACUUUGUCGAAUAUAAUGGAAUCUCAAUAUA